UUUCGGCCAGGGGAAUGGUUCUGCACAUCCCCACCACCGAGGACUUCGACUAUGUGUUCAGGUAAAGCGUUUGCCGCCAUGCACGGAUUUAUCGUCAUCGCCAUCCUUUUCGGAAGUUGUGCGACUACGUCUAACACCAAAGUACCACAGUCUUCCUACAGUGCCUUCGAAAACUACGCCACGUACAUAUGGCACAACCGGCUGUACCUGUACGUGGCUGCCGCGCUCACCUUUGCACUCUGUUUUCUGCUCAAGAUCCUCCUCAAGAAGAAAAGCCUCUCCAAGGAUGUUAGCCGCUUGGUCCAGGAAGCUCUCAAGAAAGACGAUCGCUGUGAUGAACGUGCUGCAGUUCACGUGUCGGGAGUGAAAAUCUUCUUUGGCUCUCAGACUGGAACAGCUCAAAGUUUUGCAAAGGAGCUCUCAGCAGAUGUGAGGAGUCUGGACCUGGCGACAGAGGUCAUCGACAUGAAGGAGUACGAUCCAGACGAUCGGCUGGCUGAUGAGUGCGGCAGCAAGUGUGUGUGCGUGUUCCUGGUGGCCACUUACACGGACGGGCAGCCCACGGAAAACGCAGAGUGGUUCUGCAAGUGGCUGGAGGAGGCGUCCACAGACUUCCGUUACGGGAAGACGUACUUGAAGGGUCUUCGCUACGCCGUGUUCGGCCUGGGCAACUCCCUUUACGCCACCCACUACAACACAGUAGGCAAAAAUGUAGACAAGUGGCUGUGGAUGCUGAGUGCCUCUCGCAUCUUAACCCGCGGCGAAGGCGACUGCAACGUGGCCAAGAGCGUCCACGGCAACAUCCAGGCCGACUUCCAGGCCUGGAAGCUCAAGUUCCUCAAACGCCUGCGGGUUCUCUGCCAGGGCGACGACGACAACUGUUGCGGGAAACGCAAGGAAGGCGCUUCCUGCAUCAAGACGGACGAAGUGGAAGAGGAGAUGAAACCAGCUCUAGAUAAUAACUAUUGUGAGGAGGAGCCGAUGGAGUCCAGCAGCGACGAGGACGACUCGUCAAGCUCCCCUUCCGUGUUGGACGUGGAGGAUCUGGGCAGCCUGAUGAGUAGUGUCAAACAGUCCCAGACUCCCUCAAGCGAUGGGCGGGUAGCCAAGGGCUCCAGGAAGGUGGCGAGCAAGAGCCAAGAAGAAAAAGAAGAGCGACGGGAGAUGAUCACCCCCGCCCUGAGAGAAUCUCUCAGCAAACAAGGUUACAAGUUGAUUGGAAGUCACUCAGGUGUGAAGCUGUGCCGUUGGACCAAAUCCAUGCUGCGAGGCCGAGGCGGCUGCUACAAGCAUACCUUCUACGGCAUCCAGUCCCACCGCUGCAUGGAGACCACGCCCAGCCUGGCGUGUGCCAACAAGUGCGUCUUCUGCUGGAGGCACCACACCAACCCGGUGGGCACCGAGUGGCGCUGGAAAAUGGACCCCGCUGAGAAGAUCCUGCAGGAGGCACUGGACAAGCAUCAGAACAUGAUCCGACAGUUUCGAGGCGUCCCCGGCGUGAAGUCGGAUCGUUACGAGGAGGGUCUGACGGUGCAGCACUGCGCGCUGUCCCUGGUGGGCGAGCCCAUCAUGUACCCCGAAAUCAAUCGCUUUGUCCGCCUCCUCCACUCCCAGCGCAUUUCCAGCUUCCUGGUCACCAAUGCUCAGUUCCCCGAGGAAAUCAGGAGCCUGGAGCCCGUCACUCAGCUGUACGUUAGCGUUGACGCCAGCACCAAAGAGAGCUUGAAGAAGAUUGACAGGCCGCUCUUUAAGGACUUCUGGACGCGAUUCCUGGAUAGCCUGAAGGCCCUGGCUGAGAAGAGACAGAGAACGGUGUACCGCCUGACACUGGUCAAGGCGUGGAACGUGGAGGAGAUGACGGCCUACUCGGAGCUCGUCGCCUUAGGCCAGCCCGACUUUAUCGAGGUCAAGGGUGUGACCUACUGCGGCGAGAGUUCGGCCAGCAGUUUGACCAUGGCCAACGUCCCGUGGCACCAGGAAGUGGUCGCCUUUGUGCAGCAGCUGGUCGACAUGCUGACCGGCUACGAGAUCGCCUGCGAACACGAACACUCCAACUGUCUGCUCAUUGCCCACAACAAGUUCAAGGCGGACGGCAAGUGGCACACUUGGAUCGAUUACGAUCGUUUCCAGGACUUGGCCAAGGCUCACCAGGAGAGCGGCGGCCUCAAGACUUUCUCUUCGUCCGAUUACGUGGCCCGGACUCCCGACUGGGCGCUUUUCGGGGCGAGCCAGCAAGGCUUCGACCCGGCCGAAACCCGUUUCCAGAGACGCAACAAAGGCAAAGAUGUCUCUGGAUGCUGAUUACACUGCAUAGAUGAGGACUUUUAAUUGGCUUUUACUCUCAAGACAUUCCCUUUCCUCAUUAUUGUGCUGCUUGCUCUCCCUCCCUUUCUCUUUCUUUUUUUUUCUUUACAUUUUUCUAAUGAACUGACAGAAUUAAAUCUGGUGAGCGUUU